CUUCUCAUCGUCCCAUCUCCAGCGGUGCAACUCCCAUCUGUGCACGAAUCUGCGAACCAGCAACGGCGUGACAAAUCCACCCACCCACAAACAUGGCGCCAUCGAGCUCAAAGCCGCGCUCCAAGGACCAUCCCGGCGCGGCCGUUACGCCGCGCUUGGCUGCGGCGCUUCUGGUCAUCUCGGGCAAUCGCGUGCUGAUGGUCAAGCGACCAAACCACUUCUCAUAUCCCGGCGCCUUCGUCUUCCCUGGGGGUACGGUCUCCCCGACCGACCCGACGCCAGCGUACACGGCGCUGCGCGAGACCUUCGAAGAGACAGGCUUGCUCCUCUCCUCAUCCCCGAUCCCUGCUGAGCGCAAGCACCUCCUCCCGUCUCUUCAGAAGCGUGUGCACGACAACGAGGUAUCGUUCGAAGAGGCGCUUGAGACGCUCGGCGUCUCGCUGAUCUCCGACACCAUCCCCUUUACGGUAUGGACGACGCCGCCGGGCCCGCCGAAGCGCUACGAAACGCACUUUUUCAUCACACGCCUGCCCGCGCACCUCUCUGAAGAAGCUGUCGUCGGCGACGGCGGCAUCGAGGUCGUCGGUGCGCACUGGCUGCCGGCGGAGCGCAUCCCGGGUUGGAUCCGCGAGGGGCGGACGGCGAUGCACAGCGCCCAGAUUUAUCUGUGCACGCGUCUCGCUUGGGCCCUCGAGGGAGGGUGGGAGGGGGUUCUGCGGCUCGCGGGACAGAUUGGGGAUAUGCGUGUGCUGAUGCGCCGGACGGACGAGGACGGGAAGCGCGUCGAGAACCUUCCUAACGGCGAUCGUGUUGUGUAUGAAGCCGGCGCGGGGAGCGCGGGUAAGGCUUGGGUUGAGCUGGCAAAGGCCAAGCUGUAGCGGUGUAGAGUGCGGCAUAGAUGCAUACAGAGGGAGAGUGGGCUUCGAGGAAGAUCAUCGUAGCUGAUGUUGUCGCGCACUCACGAAGAAGCUCACACGUAGCAUCGCGAAGUAACCCGUUCUGAAAUUCGCUUUUGGGAGGAGAGACGAGCAGGUGCGGGGAGGAGACAAGCGGAAGAGUCUGAUGGCAAGAGGGAUUGAACUAGAGUGAGAUGUGCUCAACUGUCA